AAAAAAAGUUAGGAUCAAAUACUGAGUCAGUCAUUAUUACAUUCAGUUCGAUUUGAUUCAGUUCAAAUACCAAUUCAAUCCGGUGGGUUGCGAUCUCAAUAAUCGCUGUUGCAUACUCUAUUGGACCAUUCCGUUUAGCAGCAGCGGGUUUGGUGGGCUGUGUCACUUCACGCCCUUACCCAACAAUUCUCAUCGGGCUUUUACGGGAUAUUCUGGCUUGUCAAUCCGUCUGGGCUUAUCCCUGUUGACCCAUUUCCAGUUUGGGCCGUUUGCCAUUUCCCAAAAAGCUGUAACCAGCCCAUUGAACUUAAAUUCUGACAGGCACCGCGACGCCGUUUCAGCAGCACCGCCAUUUGCCGCUAUUUAUUGGAGGGAGAGAGGAAAGAGUCUAGAGAGAGAAAGAAACGAGGGAAAAAUAAAGAAAGGGCGAAGAAACACAACACUCUCUUUUCCACUUUUCUUCUUCGUCUUCAUUGCAGAACCGACGAAGGAGAGACGACUUUACGCACCUACCAAAAAGCCGAAGCCUUUUUCCAGUUCCUUCUUCCCCCGCAUUCCUUCCAUUUCCCAUCCCUCAGCCCCCUCAACCUUUUCCAUCGUCCAUUUCCAGAUUCCUCGCUGCUUCUCGAAUUCCCUUCCCUUUUCCAGCGUUUCAUCGUCCCCCGGAAGGGGUUUCUUUAGGGUUUUUGGUUCUCGGGAGAUGGAGUCGGAUGAAGACAACAUGGUGGACGCCAACGACGUGGAGUCGGUGGAUGACGACAUCUACAGCGGGGAGUUGGAGGAUGAUUACUACUACAGCGAAGCUGAUGGCGAUGGCGGCGGUGAAGAUGGCGGCGGUGAUGAUGAGGAUGGUCCCGGGUAUGAUUUCAUGGCUGAGGCUGCUGAUGAUCUCGUCGAGGAUUCGCUAUACUGGCGCCAACAGCAAAGUUACUCGAUCUUGAAGGAGGAUGACAUAAACCAACGGCAGGAUGAUGCUAUCACUAGAGUGUCUACCGUCCUUUCCAUACCAAAAGUUGAUGCAACCAUACUUCUUCGUCACUACAACUGGAGUGUUAGUAAGGUGCAUGAUGAGUGGUUUGCAGACGAGGAUGGAGUCCGAAGUACUGUUGGUUUGCUGGAUCGGCCAGCGGUUCAUGUUUCUGAUGUUAGAGAACUCACUUGUGGCAUCUGUUUCGAAUUCUUUCCUCGAAGUAGAAUAGUUUCGGCGGCUUGUGGUCAUCCUUUCUGCAAUUCGUGCUGGUCAGGUUACAUAAACGCCAGUGUCAAUGAUGGCCCUGGAUGCUUGGCACUGAGAUGCCCUGAUCCCAGUUGUCGUGCUGCGGUUGGUUUAGACAUGGUCAAUAUGUUGGCUUCUGAUGAAGAGAAAGAGAAAUAUGCUCGUUACCUUCUUAGAUCAUAUGUUGAAGAUAACAGAAAGACCAAAUGGUGCCCUGCACCUGGGUGCGAAUGUGCUGUUGAUUUUGCUGGGGGUGCUGGAAACUUUGAUGUGUCUUGCCUUUGCUCAUAUAGCUUUUGCUGGAGUUGCACGGAAGAAGCUCACCGUCCAGUGGAUUGUGGAACUGUUUCGAAGUGGAUUUUGAAGAACAGUGCGGAAUCUGAAAACAUGAAUUGGAUAUUAGCAAAUUCCAAGCCUUGUCCCAAGUGCAAGCGACCCAUUGAAAAGAAUCAAGGGUGCAUGCACAUGACAUGUACGCCUCCUUGCAAAUUUGAGUUUUGCUGGUUAUGCCUGGGGUCUUGGUCAGAACAUGGAGAGAGGACUGGUGGUUUUUAUGCUUGUAAUCGCUACGAGGCAGCUAAGCAGGAGGGAGCGUAUGAUGAGGCUGAGAAGAGGCGAGAAAUGGCUAAGAAUUCAUUGGAGCGAUAUACACAUUAUUAUGAAAGAUGGGCAAGCAAUCAAACGUCGAGACAAAAAGCUCUUGCAGAUUUGCAACAAAUGCAGAAUGUGCAUCUUGCGAAGCUUAGCGACAUACACUGCACACCUGAGUCUCAGCUCAAGUUCAUAACUGAUGCCUGGCUUCAGAUUGUUGAAUGCAGGCGAGUCUUGAAAUGGACUUACGCAUACGGGUUUUAUCUUCCUGAUCAUGAGCAAGGAAAGAGGCAGUUUUUUGAGUAUCUUCAAGGUGAGGCAGAGUCUGGCCUGGAAAGGCUUCAUCAAUGUGCAGAGAAAGAACUGCAGCAGUUCCUCACACCCGAAGCAGAUAGACCGUUGAAGGAGUUCGAGGAGUUCCGGACUAAGCUAGCAGGACUGACCAGUGUGACGAAAAAUUACUUUGAGAACUUGGUAAGAGCGUUGGAGAACGGGCUGGUAGACGUGGACUCGAAUGGUUCUAGUAGCCGAGCAGCCGGCUCAAAGGAUACCGGUGGCAGCAAGGGAAGAGCCGGGAGGGGAAAAGCGAAUGUUAAGACGGGUAGAAAUUCAGACGAUUGAUUCGAUGACGGUUCUCAUUUCAUUCCAAGCGUGCAUUUUCUGUUGUUUCUCCUAGAUCGGGACGAUGAGGCAAAGAGAAACCUAUGCUUCGGGCCCUCGGUUGGGACGAGUAGCGGAGUGUUGCUUCAUCUUUAUGUAGGUUUUGUAUGUAAAUAUUAGCAAGAUGGAGGUGGGUUUGGUUGUGUUGCCGUUGUUCACUCACAUGUAUAUCAGUCUAUGUAUAUGCACAUGUAUUGUGCUCGCAGAGAGUCGUGUUGUAGCUCACGACUUGCACAGAGUAGUGUUGCUCGCAGAAUUGGUUCUUGAGUACAAUACAUGCAGAGUACAUUGUGAAAUCGAAAUAUUAGAUGUAUAGUUUCAAUAAUCUCCAAUAAACAAACACAUAAGAA